AUGGCGUCCAACGCAAUCAGCGACAUUGCCGACGAAUUUCUCGUCUGCCAGGUCUGUUUGGAGGACUUCAGGCAGCCUAAGAUGCUGCCGUGUCUUCACACCUUCUGCCAGCCGUGUUUGGAGAAGCUCCUGGCCGCAGAGCCGGUAGGGAAACUGGACUGUCCGACAUGCCGACAGGACGUACCCCUCCCCCAGAAUGGCGUCCAGGGGCUGAAGUUCAACUUCCUCGUCGGCAAACUGCGCGACAUUCUGCAACAACAGCCGGCAGGAAAAACGCCCGAGGCGCGGGAGGAUGGGGUCCCCUGUACGGUCUGUGAAGUCGGCAACUCGGCUCAGUUUUACUGCGUGGAGUGCACCGAAUAUCUGUGCCAGACCUGUAACAAUACCCACCGUCGGUUUAAAGCCACCAAGUCUCACAAAGUUGUAACGGUUCAAGACCUGCAAAUCGGUCAAGUUACCGCGGACGGAGACCAGGUGAGAGCACCCUUGAGCCCCACUGAAACUACGCUGAUGCGACCGGACGUGGCGAUCGGCAAUGGCGGCGUGAGUCCGAAACACGUCAAAACUGUUGGGCGGAGAGGCAGUGGAGAUGGUCAGUUUGACUUACCGACAUCACUUGCUGUCACCGCAGAGGGAGACAUUGUCGUGACUGAUCGUGAUAACUCACGGCUGCAGUUUCUGGACAAAGAUGGCUCUUUCAAGAAGAAGGUCGAUCUGAGGUUCAAGCCUCGGUGCACGUGCGUGGCGGCACUGACAAACGGCGAGCUAUUGGUGACAGGAGACGGACACAAGAUUCACGUUCUGGACAAACAGGGGAGGAAGUCACGCGUCAUCCAGGUGACAGAGGCUGCAGAGACAGGUCAAACUACGGCAGGCGUCGCUGUUGACUGUUCGGGACGCAUCAUCGUCACUAUCGGGCACCAAGUUUUCGUCCUCAGUCCCAGCGGUGACGUCAUGCUGAAGUUCGGGGACAAAGGUCAAGGUCAGCAGCAAUUGGGUUCCCUCCUCCAUGUGACCGUCAACAGCAGCAACCAGAUCAUCGUCAGUGACUUUUACAACAACAACAUGAAGAUAUUUGACUCUACCGGUCGCCAUCUCUUCACGUGCGGUUCACAUGGCUCAGGACCUGGUCAACUGUACCGCCCCUACUGUGCCAUCACGGACAGCGAGGACAUCAUCUUGGCUGACUGCGGCAACCAUCGUGUUUCCCUGUUCAGUCGGGACGGCGCGUUUAUCAGGCACGUGCUGACAGAGGAGGAACUAAAAUGUCCAACGGGACUGACGCUAACUCACGACGGUCAUUUGGUCGUUUCUCAAGCUUUGUCGUUCCUUACUGCUUUGAGGUUUUUCCAUGUACGCAUGGUGUUUCCAGACGGACCUGAAGUCGAUGAUUUCCGAAAGAAGGUCGUGAAACGAAUGGCCGCUCCGCCGUGGAACUUCACAGACAGUCUACAGAGAGGACUGAAGGGAAGUGCCUACUCUCCCUUCCUGCACGACGCCGUGAUGCUGUACGCCAUAGUGAUGAACCAGACCCUGCAGACAGGAGAGGACCCCAGGGACGGGGAGGCCUUCAUGCGACACGCCAGGAAGAAAGCCUUUGAAGGAAUGUCCGGUACUGUGAUCCUUGACGGCCGUGCUGACCGUGAGCCUGAGUUCUUUAUCUGGGACAUGGACCCGAGCGGAACGUUCGACGUCGUGGCGCAAUACGACGCUAGACCCACCGGAACAGAGGUCAGUGAUGACCUCUUACAGGAGCUGGUGUUCGUCAAACACAUCGUGUGGGCAGACGGGACGACUAACGCGCCCACGGGCUUCAGGGAGUGCGGCUACAUGAACGAGCAGUGCGCCUCUCAACAAGACAUCCGCGAGGAGGAAGAUAAAAAGAAGAUGACACAGCUGGUCUAUGUUCAGUUCAGUAACUAA